GUACGCGCCUAGAUAGUCCGUGCAGUGCCAGUUCCUCAUUCGAGCUCUUUACCUCUCUAACAACCAUCACACUUCACCACACGAAAGACUUCUAAUCAGCACUAUUUGCACUCUAAGUCACGGGGAGUUAUCGAGUUCAAAUAGAGACAUACAUCAUCCGACAUUUUCUUGCCCGACUUCCCACGAGUCGCGUCGCCAAUUAGGACGUGUUGCAAUGGCGAACGGAACACCAAAACAAACAAACAGCAACAUCAAAGACAGCGAUGCGAACCACGACUUUGCGGUCUCAGACCAGGCCAAAACUAUCCUGGUAAGCAACAUCAAGCUUGAAGUUGCCGAGAGAGCGCGAAAGCUGCGCACUCAGAGCACGCUGCAUGCACAGGGUCUUCGUUCUCGACUGGGAAUGCGCGUCAACCGCAUUCCGCGAAGCCUGAAAACUGCUAAUGUCCUCGACUUGCUUGAUCGUUACACGGAUCCUCCUCAAAAGCCAACUAAUCCACUCUCAUCACGUGUUGGAGUUCAUGGAGACACACAGACCAUCCAAGAAAAGUCUACAUCAGCAUCGGGAGACGAAAGUGCAUCGAUGCCUGAGGCAAAGUUGGUGACAGCAUCCAAAUCGAAGCCAACAGCGACAGGCAAAGCCAAGAACCCCACAGGAUCAAAAGCCAAACCCCCUUCAGCACCAAAAACGAGGACGGUGACGGCGCCUAAGGCGAAGACCAUCCCAGCACCAAAGGGGAAAACAGCAGCGCCAACUGUCAGAACACGCGGUCUGAAAAGAUCCAGCAAUGAACUCUCCUCUGACAACAAGGAAAAUGUCCAUUUAGAUGUCCCGAAGAAGCGCACGAAAACUGCCGCCGCUGCUGCAAUCUCCACCGCUUCUAGUCGUGCAAAGAGAGCACCUGUUGCGAAGCCUAUUGCGCCAACUCCCGUUCCAGUGGCAUCAGGUCGCACAUUACGGGCUCGCCACUGAAAGUUUUCUACCGCUUGGGUGAUUGAUCGGCGAAAAGUUGGCCUUCGUGUUAGAAGUUUGAGCGAUGAGGUAUACCCUAUUUAGCAUUAAGGCGUUCGGAAAUCGGGGUACUUGGGCGUUCGGGUUUCACGUUUAUACGAUACAGUACAAUGACAUAUAAUGAUCAUCAGAUUCCAAGGGUUCACUGCAGAGGGUGUGAAGUUUAGUACAUCCAGCAAUGCGACCCAGCAUAAG